CAUAAAGGCAGGGAUUAGAACCCUGGUCCUCCUGCCAUAUGAGACGCCACUUGUGAGUGGCUGGCAGCAUUCUAUGAUGUCACAGUCACUGGGAGGUGCACCCUCUGGGUGGUUAGGCCAAAGUGGCCAGUAGCCUGCUGACCACUGGCCUGCACAGGUGUGUUGGUAGUAGGAGCAGGAGAUAAAUGGAGGACUAUAUGGAUCCUAACUGGAGUUUUGAUCGGGCCGCUGUGAGGAUCCGGAGGGCCUCGGAGCGAGAUAAGAUCUUCUGCAAGUAUGAAGAGGGACCCCGCAGAGGACCCACUUUUUAUAUUGGAGAUGAGGAUGAAGACAGUGAUGAUUUGAUACCAGACAAGUUCGGCUUCUUGACGGAGAAGUCACUGUCCUGUGACAGCACCCUGGGGACUAAGCAGAGACGCAUAGAGUCUAGGAGACUUGGAAAGUGGGUCAAGAUGUUGAAAAACCAUAGCAAGUACCGUGACAGUGAGAAGUUUCACCGAAGAUUCUUCAAGGGCAUCCCCAGCCAGGUGCGGGGGAAAGUCUGGAUGCUGAUCCUUGAUGUGGAUAAAAUGAAAGCCCAGAACCCAGGGAAAUUUAAGGAACUAAAGGAUCAGGCCAGACGACAGUCUGGUGAAGUCUAUCACAUUGACUCUGCAGUGCGUGGGACAUUUCGAGAUCAUCUGAUGUUCCGAGAGCAAUACGGGAUUAAGCAGCAGGAUUUGUUUGGAGUUUUAAUGGCCUACAGCAUGUACAGCCCUGUGAGUAUUCUGAGAUCAGCUCUUCAGGCUAUUCCCAUGCUGACCAUACAGGGUAUCCCUUGUCACAGAUCACCAAGUCUGGCUUGCUGGGGGUUGUCCUAA